UCCUCCUUCACUCCGACCUCGUCUCAGCUCCCCGUCUGCUGCGCUCUAACUAGCUGGUUACCGAGCUUAACUAGUCCUUUACGCUGCUCGUGCACGGUCUAACAAAGUCGAAGAGCGCGCGCGUGCGUUAAACUAACGAGGACGGGAAAAAAAAGGAAGCGGUGCAGCUCGGCUGCAGCGACAUGAGCUCCUCCUGACCGACUCCUGCAGGCCACACCUCCACCCCCUAAGAGGAGCCCCUCCUGCAGGCCACACCUCCACCCCCCAGGAGGAGCUCCUCCUCCUGACCUCCUCCUCCCAUCCCACACGACUCUCCAGCGUUUGCCAUCAUGGGUGGAGCUGUGAGCGCCGGCGAGGACAACGACGACCUGAUCGACAACCUGAAGGAGGCGCAGUACAUCCGCACGGAGAAGGUGGAGCAGGCCUUCCGGGCCAUCGACCGCGGGGACUACUACCUGGACGGAUACCGGGACAGCGCCUACAAAGACCUGGCCUGGAAACACGGGAACAUCCACCUGUCGGCACCAUGCAUCUACUCGGAGGUGAUGGAGGCGCUCAAGCUGCAGCCGGGUCUCUCCUUCCUCAACCUGGGCAGCGGCACCGGCUACUUGAGCACCAUGGUGGGACUCAUCAUUGGUCCGUUCGGUGUGAACCACGGCGUGGAGCUGCACACGGACGUGGUGGAGUACGCCCGCGAGAAGCUGGACGAGUUCAUCAAGAACAGUGACAGCUUCGAUAAGUUCGAGUUCUGCGAGCCUGUCUUCGUGGUGGGAAACUGUCUGGAGAUUUCCACCGACAGUCAUCAGUACGAUAGGAUUUACUGCGGCGCCGGCGUGCAGAAGGAGCAGGAGAACUACAUGAAGGUCCUGCUGAAGGUCGGAGGGAUCCUGGUGAUGCCCAUCGAAGACCAGCUGACUCAGAUCAUCAGAACCGGUCAGAGUACCUGGGAGAGCAAGAACAUCUUGGCGGUUUCCUUUGCUUCUCUGGCACAACAGAACCGAGCCGACGGCGAGAAGCCUGACACUGUUCAUCUACCCCCGGUGACGGUGCGCAGCCUUCAGGAUCUGUCCCGGAUCUACAUCCGCCGCACGCUGCGCAGCCUGGCGGGCGAGGAGGGGGGGCGGGGCUCGCUGCAGCGCGUCCCCCAGAAGCGCAAACGGAGACGCUGCCGGCGGCGCCGCAUCAACACCUACGUGUUCGUGGGAAACCAGCUCAUCCCACAGAUGGUGGAGAGCGAGGAGGAGGAGCACACGGAAGAGGAGCAGAAGGAGGUGGAGGAGGUGGAGGAGGAGGAGGACAGGGACAUCGGAGACAUUGAAAUCCUCAAGCAGGUGAACGUUCUGAGGGAGCAGAUCAUGAGUCUGCCGCUGCCCGAAGCGCUCAAGGCCUACCUGCUGUACUACCGAGAGAAGUGACGGAGCCACGCCUCCUCCCCCCUCCUCCACCCUCCUCCUGACACGGCGCUCCGUCCGUCACACCCUCCACCCUCCUGACACGGCGCUCCGUCCGUCACACCCUCCACCCUCCACCCUCCUCCUGUCAUGGCGCUCUAGACGCUGCAGACGAGAGCCCCGGGCUGCAGAGAGCUCACAUGUCUGAGCUGACCCUGAAUGCAGCAUCCUCCUGGUUCACCCGGUCUUGAAUGGUUGGAUUGAACAGAAAAAGUAGGACACAUCGUGAAAAUUCAUCUUUUUCAUAAUUCAAAGAAAAGUGAGACUUCACUUAUUUUUCCAAAUGUUAUUUGACACCUGAACUGUUUUGAGGGAAGAAAAUCAAAGUGACUGUGUCUUUAAAUAUCAGAUGUUUUCUUCAACUGGUGAACAGAAACAUGAUGAAACGUGUCUCAGUAGAGUAGAAAUAUCCCUGGUAUCUCUUUAGCAGGUCAUGUUUUCAGACGGGCCUGUCAUUUACCUGAAGCCCCCUGCUUUCUGAAGCUUUUAGCAGUGGGAAGCUAAUGCUAGGCUAACGGCACGGUCACAUGGCCUGACAGUCUGAACCAAUCAGCUUCCGGCUUCACUUCCUGCUGUCAGCUGUGUGCAGGUACAGCGUGAGCAGCCUCCUCACAACCAGCCGGUGGAGGGCGCCGCCUGUCUGUCAGUCAGAGAACAACCUGUUAGAUCAAAGUGCCUAAAAAACAAACUGGAACCAGAUCACUGAGGGCGACAGCGAGGUCUGGAACCUUGUGUAGUCCACAUCACAGUGGGGGGGGGGGGGUCCGGUCUGGAUGAGUCGAUGUGGAUGCUGGUUGAUGGAAUCACCAUCACUCAUUGGCCCAGUCAAAAUGAUGUCGCUGGUUGAUCUGGAAGCUGAUUGGCUGAUGCUGAGGCGCAGCAGUGUGCUGCUGCGUUCAGGGUCCUGGAUGGAGUGGUGGUGUGGUGCUGCAUUCAGGGUCCUGGACUCUGUCCUGUAGCUUUCUGUACAAAGACCUUUUAUCGCACCUUUUUUUCCAGAAGCUUUAAGCGACGCUGAGGAGGAACCGAUGGGCGGAGCACGGACUCCUGCUCCUCCUCCUCCUGGACAGCAGAGCGUCUCCUUCUGUAUGGGUGCGCCUGCUCCACACUCCGUGUUUUCCUUGAUGGAGGGUGGAGGUGGUGUUCCAGCUGAUGGAGCUGUAAGUGCUCCUCCUCUUCAGACAGACAGUGAAGAAUCAGAGCAGCGUCCUUCAGAAUGAAAGUCUGCACUUCCUGUUUUCAGAAGUGGGUGACUCCAACCAACAGUUGUGACUUCUGUUUGAUCUUUGGAUUAAAAUGUCCGCUGAAGCACCUUAACGAUGAAGAGCAGCGCUUCGCCACCUGUCGGGGUUCACCAUGUUCUUCACGGAACCUUAAAGACUGUUGUCGACAGAAACUCCCGACCUGUUCUUCCCCCUAUCCCCCACCCUGUCCCCCACUUUGUCCCCACUCUGACCCCCACCCUGUCCCCCACCCUGUCCUCCACCCGGCUCUGACCUUCACUGACAGGGUUCCUGAUGUGGACAGGCGGAAGACCGAGAGGCCGGCUGUGAGCAGCGGGUGACAGGAUUAGGUGGAGGAGCACCAUCCGCCGUCGGCUCUCGCUGGGUUUUUUUGGAGAACAUCACAUCCUGGACUUUUGAGGCGCUCAGCUGUUAGGCUCCGCCCACUCGGACGGCGGUCAACCAGCUGAAGAACUAAACAUUCCAGAAGAAAGAAUCUUAACGAGACCAGACAAGACACCAGUUUCUCUGAGUUGGCUCCGCCCCCCUUUGAAUGGAACGUUUUCAUUGGUCUUCACAUUCAGAGCUGAAUGUUGUUCUUUUUCUGUUAUGGCAGGUGGUUUAGUUGCCGUGGUGACCGCUGACUGUACUGUGUCUGACUCCACUGCUGUCUGCUUCUGUAGUGCUUCAGCUCUUCACUUUAUUCUGCUGUAAUGAAACAUUUUACUUUGAAAUGAGGAGAACUGUGUUUAGUGGGUUUUUGUGUGUAAACAUUUUUUUUUCUGGAAGUUUUUAGUUUGUUGUUUGUUUUUUUUUUAACAUUUAUUGCGGAACUUUGCAACAAAGCAAUAAUGAAAUGAUUCUCCAGUGUGUCGUGACACCCACACGUCCCUUUAAUUGGACCCAUUGAAGCAUCAUGGUGCCGUGAGGGUGAGGCGGUGAGGGAGGUGCUGUGAGGGUGAGGCGCUGAAGGAGGUGCCGUGAGGGUGAGGUGGUGAAGGCAGCGCUGUCAGGGUGAGGCGGUGAGGGAGGUGCUGUGAGGGUGAGGUGGUGAGGGCAGCGCUGUCAGGGUGAGGCGGUGAGGGAGGUGCUCUAAGGGCGGCGCCAUCAGGGCGUGCGGCUUCGCCGGUUCCUCGUCCCGUGUGCGAUUCUCUCUGAAAAUGUGUUGUUGCUCUGUAAAUGUUCUCACAAAAUAAAAAGACACAAUCACAGUGUGUGUGUUGUCUGGCAAUUUGCCUGAAGGUCAUCCGGAGGUCAUCAGAGGCUAGGAGCUUCAGACACAAAGAAAUCCCCUUCAACAGCGGAGAAGCGUUCGGUCUGACCUGCUGCCUUCUGAGCCCCAGAGAGCUCCAGAGCAAUAGCAGCUCCCGCUCCAAGUGAGGAAGAAAACAGUGAAGUCCGAUUGAUAGAAAAAGAAUCCUUUAUUUGUUCACACAGCGUCUUUGUUAAUAAAACUUC